AUGGCGGACGCUGCAAAAGCGGGCGACACCAGCCCGUCAGGGAGGUAUGAGAAAGUAGAGGUGAAGCUUCUUGGCGAAGGAACAUAUGGCGAAGUCUACAAAGUGAAAGACAACAUUACAAACGAAAUACUAGCCAUGAAGAAGAUGAAACUCCAUGACGAGGAAGAAGGUACUUGAUGUAGUCUCAAAUGAUCUGCCCUUUGACUACAAAAAAUACCUAGUCAUUUUGUUGCAGCUAGCGUGCUACAGCAUGACGAUACAACGAGUUGCGUCCUACUUCCGCAAUAGAAAUACGACUGCAACAUUCAACAAACAACAUUACCAGGUAUACCAUCGACAGCAAUACGAGAGGUGAGCAUACUAAAGGAGCUUCCACAUAAGAACAUAGUGCACCUCAGGGAUAUAUUCUGCACAAAACAGAAGGUACUACAAAGCUUUUUUUUUCUCGUGCAAGUGGAGCAUCUUCGAAUGAAGUCAUGAUAAGAAACGUGAUAAGAUCCAUCUACAUAUUUGUACAUGACAGCCCAAAAAUUUGUAUCUUCAUGUUUAUUGGCUUUUUAUCAUGAGCAAUUAUCGGCGGAUCAUCAUUUGAUAAAUUGAACACACAGGUAAUGCUCGUUUUUGAAUUCGUCGAUAGCGAUUUGAAGAAAUAUAUGAAGAAGAAGGGAGGCGGCGCGCUCUCACAGCAGGAAGUGAAGGACUUCUCAUACCAGCUUCUUUGCGGUCUCGAUUUCUGCCACAAUCACAGAAUAUUACACAGAGACUUGAAGCCACAGAAUCUUUUAGUGACCCAGGAUGAGCCUCCCGUUCUCAAAAUCGCGGAUUUUGGGCUAGCAAGGGCAUUCACACUGCCAAUACCAAAAUAUACCCACGAAGUCGUUACAGUAUGGUAUCAUAGCAACAGCUUAUUCUUCUAUCUCGGUUUACCUAUUUACUCCUCUCUUCCCGAUCCCGGCUGUGUUAGAGUUUCUUCAAUUUGCUAAGGUUACAAGGAUGUUGUUCACUAAAGUACGUCUUUCAUCCUUGAUCGACUGGCGCAGUAAAGUCCUUCUGGUAAACAUUGCGUUUAUUUGAUCAAAUUGUGUCCACUAGGUACAGGGCGCCGGAAAUUCUGCUAGGGCAGAAGGAGUACGCGCUUCCAGUAGAUAUAUGGAGCACCGGUUGCAUCAUCGGAGAAAUGGGGUGUGGUGCAGCGCUUUUCAUGGGUACUAAUUAAGAUCUAGACUCCUGUUUCGCAUCAGGAAGAGAACACAUUUCUCACAGUAUCUGACCCUAGAUUCCUAGCAGCUGCACACUUCCUUCUCCUUCUUGUGAAGACGUCUAUCGGAAUCAGAUAGGCUCCUUUGGUUGAUUCAUAUUUUCCGCACAGGUGACUGCGAAAUCGACACAAUAUUCAAGAUCUUCCAGAAGUUAGGAACACCAUCCUUCGAGGACUGGCCAGGCCUGCAGGAGCUAGAGGACUUCAAACCCUCAACCUUUCCAAAAUGGCGCAAAAAAUCGUGGACGGAAAUAAGAGAUCUUCAGAACAAAGUAAUUAUACUUUCAAUUUUUUGUGGACGAUUACGAUUUUUCAUUUUCUGGGUUUCUAUAGACGCCGAUAGGAACGAUCACAGGACUUUAAGAACAUAGAUCUAAGAUAGUUUUUUCUGCAGUUUUUUGGCUCUACUGUAUUCUCAUACAAACUCAAUACCCAUCGUUCUCCUUGUGUUAACUACUAGGUGGGACUGCAAUGCUGCGACCUACUCGAGCAUUUGAUGAAAUAUGACCCGGCAAGACGACUAUCAGCGAAGCGCGCUCUCGUCCAUCCAUUUUUCACAACACCAGGGCAGUGAGCAGGUCACAGUCAGGUCUGCGUUUACAUUCCCCCGGGUCUGGGUUUACCUUCCCGAUCAGAAAUUAGUCACAUCACAGUCCUUGUUUUGAACACAAAAAAGUAGUCUUUGCUUUGAAGUUACUUAGUCAUUUGUCUCCUGUUUAAGGGACUCAAGUAAUUGCAGAAACAUCGCGUUUAACAUCUCAAUUACAAUUUGUUUUUCACUCUCGUCAACUUCAAAGACUGGCCGUCUUGACUUAUUAUUGUCCAAAUCCAAAAUUCAGAUUCAGUAUCGAUCGAAUUCACUCUAUAUUUUUAACUCACUAUUAUAACAAGCCCAGCAUCGCGUUCGCGGUCAAUAAAAUUACUGUUAGCUUGGUAAAUUAGAAUUUUAUGCCGGGCUAAAAAGAUGUAGAUGACUGAGAAAUUCAUUGCCACUCAUUCCUCUCUUUCGCGGACACGAGCAGACCCAGAUCAUGCAUAUCUUUACACGCACACCGAUGUUGAUGUCAUAUUCGGACCUCACCACUCCUCCUGGCUCAUAAUUUCUAUCCCGAACUCGAACUCCGUCCUCACGCUGCUUGAAAAUGGCUUCGUCGAGAAGCAUUUUCUUCAGUAAUUAUGGGAUUUCCGAAAACACGACACAAUCGCGUGAAUUCUGCAUGCGGACCGCCAAAAUGUGGCUGUAGGGCUCACAUCAGUCGAAGAAGUUACGGCAUCACGAACGACAUAAGCGACGUGGUGUGGACCGUGUCCGCACAUAAACCCUGACACCUCACGAAAAUGCGAAACCACGACCCCCCGCACCUUUUGAUCCCAACAUCAUCCCUCCACACCUCAGACUUGGUUUUGUCUCAUUGACUCAAUACCUGCAAAACUUGAACAGUUUUUGGCAUAGAUAUACCAUUGUCGCUUUAUGUUUCAGCUAUCGUAAGCUUAU